GUCGGAACAUGUUUGGAAUUGUUUGAAACCUUAGAUUAACAUGGCUGGUAUUCCGUCUGUAUCAGUAGUUGAUGAAUUGGAGGAGCUUCUCGAUGAGAUUAGUACCUGUGUACCGAAUGUACCCGGAAAGAAUCGACUGCUUCGUGGUUGCAGAAAAGAACUAAAUGCAUUUCAACAGCUCCCUCGCGAUCAGGUGGAAAAAAUGACUGUCGGUUCGAACCUUCCUUACUUCAAGGCCAUCACUCGUCUUGCUCGUUCCUAUGCGGACCGUUUGGUAGGGCUGCUCUGCCGUUUUCGGAUGCCCCCUUCUGAUGCCAUAAGUCAUGCCGACGAUGUUUCGAAGUAUGUUCCACAUCAACCGCUUGUCCACUGUCCAUUAUCGACUUCUGGAUCUUUUGGUAAACCCGGCAGUGUGUCCGUGGACCUGAUCUGUAUACAAAAACGAAUGGACAAGAACGAUGUGCUCCAUAAUACAACUACUCCAGACUGCUGGGCCCCAUCUUUGUGGAUAAAAGCACUGACGCGUGAUGCCACUCGCCUCAACUCAGCUUGGCGAGGUGACGUCACACAAGGUGCAACCUGCCUUUAUCGUCAGACGGAAGAAUUGGUAUCCACUGCUGCUUGGUACCAGCGCGGACAACCUCCAGGCUGGAUACAAGUUUUGAUACAUUGGUUGCCCUCCAAGAAUCAGGAUAUCUCUCAUUUAGACUCUGAUUUAGUGGAAAGCUUAACUCGGGUGCUCCGCGUCCAGAUUUUGAUGCAUACCGACCCGUGGUAUCCUGGGACGCACGUUGCUUCGUUGCCUUCAACGAUUACCCUAGCUCACUCAGCCCCUCUCUCCGUUAGGAAAUACUUGCUGGCAGCUACCCGUUUUCGUCGACAGAUGUGCACCAAGUUGCUCGCUAUGGAUUGUGCGACCACCGAUGACCGGGCUGUUUUGGUCAAGCGGUUCACGUAUUUUCUCAGUUAUGAACAAACUGACGUGGAUUCAGAAACGGUGUUGGAUGAAUAUGAAGAGGAAAAAGACCCAGUGAUCCGCACUCCUCUAGAUGCUGUUUUACAUCGGGCUUGUGUUGUCCCGUUCGGGGGCCUCACACCGGAACAAUUGGAAAUGUUGCCCCGAAUUAAUCUGGACGUAUCAGCGCUCAUUGCAAUGGUUUCGGAACUUUCGCAGUUUAUGCCUAAGGAAGCGCUAUCAUCUGUCAUCAAUGAUUCUCAAUCCAUUCUUCAAUUCCUCGCAAGUUCGGAACGACGGGAACAAAUGUUGCAUCAACCUCGAUUCGCCUCGUCAACGUUCGAUUGGCUGCUAGAAGCCGAAUCAGAGCAGCCGGUCUUGUUGACCGUUGAUGACUAUCUAAAGGAUUCAUUAGUCAUUGUAUGCCGGACCGCAGUAAACACAUUUCUCAACAUCCUCACUACCGUCGCUGGUCCCGCCGAAUGGACACGGGGCAUACGCCUAUUGACUCACCUUGUCAUAGUUCCCGAUCUCGUGUCAUCUGGUAAUGCUCCUUCAGCGUCGAGUCCGAAUGUGAAAUUGAACAACCGACAGAAGAGCCGGCUAACCAUGGAUGUUGGAAAUGCAUUUGGUGCGCUCACUGUCACUUCGAAUUCAGCGUUUCUCCGUUCACUCCGAAACGAGGGUCUCAAAUACUCUGCCCUACUUCUGCCAGCCCGUGCGUUGACCGAAUCGGCUGCUCGAAUAGGCCGAAGUGCCGAGCCCAGAGAUACUUGAUACUUCUAAUUCCCCAUGUACAUAUGAAUACAGACUACUUGCUUCUAUGUGCCAAAUUGCACUCCUGUUCGAAGCAACCUUUUUUUCACCACCGCCGGGAAACUACUUUUUCAGGGAACUGGGAAAAUAGUAUUUUCGUCGACCUAUCGCUCUGUUGUCGUCACUCG